AUGGAGCAGCCCGCUGCCAGCAGCGCUGGAGAGGUGCCCGAGCCCUCGCUCCCUGUCCCGAGGCAGAUCCCCGCGGUGCCGAGGAAGGACAAAGCCCUGGAAGGCGACAAAUCCCCGGUGACAGUGCUGACCAAAGGCCCCCGGGCCGAGCUCGGCGGCGCUCCCGAAGCUGUGACAUGCCAGCCCCAGGUGCGACCACCCCCGCAGCCCCCCGGGCCCUGCACGCAGCUGCUGCCCAACGGGGAGGCGGGCAACGGGAUGUGCCGGGCCGUGCCCAGCGCGCAGAAACCGCAGCGAAAGCUGCAGCCGCACCACUCCAUCAACAGCCAGAGCAGCAAGAAGAGCAAGGGCAGCUCCAAGUCGCCCUCUUCGCACAUCCCCAUUGAGGCGCAGGAAGACUGCUGCGUCCACUGCAUCCUCUCCUGCCUCUUCUGCGAGUUCCUGACCCUCUGCAACAUCGUGCUGGACUGUGCCACCUGCGGCUCCUGCACCUCCGAGGACUCCUGCAUCUGCUGCUGCUGCUGCAACUCAGGCGAGUGCGCGGACUGCGACCUGCCCUGCGACAUGGACUGCGGCAUCAUCGACGCCUGCUGCGAGUCCGCCGACUGCCUGGAGAUCUGCAUGGAGUGCUGCGGGCUCUGCUUCUCCUCCUGAGGGGCCCUGCUGGGGGGGGACCUGCACGGGACCCCCCGGGCUGUCCCACAGCGGGUGAGGCUCCGGACGGUCCCGGAGGAGGAGGAGGAGGAGGAGAGAGA